AUGGAGGAAGCUGCUGCUGCGCGCCGCGGGGCCGCGCGCGCCACGCGAUCCACCGCCAAACCAUCGCGGCGUGACAUCGUAAAGCCUGCCAAUGGUGGCGGCGGUGGCGGAUCGUCCGCGGACGAGGAAGACGAAGAAGAAGAGGAAGAAGAAGAGGAGGAGGAGAUCGAGGAGGAGGAGGAAGAGGAGGAGCCCCCAGUGGACGAGGCGGACGAGGCGGAGCUGGACGCCAUCGACGCCGCCUACCGCAUCUCGCCCACGGCCCGGGAGCUGCACACGCUGGAGCAGGGCACGCUCGUGCGCGUGCUCAAGACGCCCGACGUGGAGCAGCGCGUGCCCCACACAGUGCACAAGGUCGGCGUGGUGGAGGAGGUGCCGCUGCACCCCAACACGUGGUUCAAGGUGCGCAUCCGCGACGGCGACGUGGUGUACAAGUACCGUCCGUCGGCGCUGGAGGUGCUGGAGGACGGCGACGACAUCAGCAGUCCGGCUGCGUCGCCUCACCACAGCCCCGUGCUGCAUCACGAGGCGGAAGAAGAGGAGGAGGGAGAAUUCGAGGAGAGAAGAGAAGAUCGCCGUCAUCACGACGACGACGAAGAAGAAGAAAACGAACAGAAAGAGGAGGAGCACCUUGAGCCGGGCACGCGCGUCCAUUUGAAGUUGGACGAGCUGUUCCGAGGCGAGCGUCAUCUCAAGAAGUACGAGGGGAAGGAAGGCGUGGUGACCGGAUACGACGAGGGGACGCAUUUGGCGGUGGUGCCGGACGAACCUGAUGACGAAGACGAAGAAGAGGGGGAGGAGGGACGCCAGGCCGACGGCGAAGAAGAAGAAGAGGAGGAAGCGAAGGAAGAAAAGAAGAAGCCGGCCAAGGUCCAUAAGAAGAGGAGGGGCAAGGGAAAGCUGCUCUCCGUGCUGGAUCCGGACAUGUGGAUCGACCGCAAGUGCCGCAUCAACGUCGGCAAGUUCAAGGGCCAGCACGGCCGCGUGCUGCGCUCUGGCAACGGCUGGGUGCAGCUGAAGCUGGAGAACUCGAGCGAAAACACGGCCAAGCGCGCGUACGAGCUGACUCUUCUGGAGGACAUGGAGACCAUCAAGGUACUGCACGCCAAGACUCUCGAGAAGGAGCGCAAGCGCCGCGCUGAAAGUCGAGCCAACGGAACUAGCAGUCGCCAUGACGACGCUGACGAGGAAGGUGAUGACGACGAAGAUGGCCACAGCGGUACUGAUGAUCCGAUGGUUGGCGAACAAACGGAGGAUUCGCAGGGAGAAGACAACGGCCAACGCUCUCGCCGUGUUUCAACGCGCGGAAACUACGGCAUCUCGUGGAUCGAGAAGAAGGUGAACCUGCCGAACCGCAAGGGCUUUGGAAUUGUAAAGAAGGCGGACCGCGAUACGUGUACGGUGGAGAUUCAGACCACGAAGGUUAUGCAAGUGUUCAAGAAGAAGGAUCUGGAGCUUGCCGCUGACAGUCACGCCAAGACUGCUCGUCAAAACAGCCGCAAUCGCAACAAUGCCAAGGCCCGCGAGAAGCUGGGAUUGGAGGAGGACGCCGUGCUCAUGGGCACGACGCCGUCGCGCUACAUUGCGUUCCAAGACCUCGUGAAGCGGUUCGCUAUGCGCCGUCGUGAGAAGCUGAAGAAGCGCCCGAACUUGAUCGAGUGGCAGGCCCGACUGAACGUGAACUAUCUGGAAAACGGGUUUUGGGACAAAAGCAACCCUGCGGUGGUUGAUCUGAUUGUGACUCCUCAGUGCGAGAUUUGUGGUGUCGAGAAAGAGGACAUUGAUGGUCACUGCUGGAACAACGAGUGCCCCAGAUGCCCCGCAUUUGAUGUGGAUGGAUUCGACCCCAAGGAUGAAAAUGCUUUGAUGCGAGUCCCGGUGGCGCCAUUCGUGAACGACAGUAUCACCAGUUCGCUGUGCCUCAAGAAGGAGGAAUUGUCAAGGAAGCGGAAGCGCAAGUCCCUGGACGCAACGCCCACCGCAAGGGGCCAAGCUGAUGCAGAACAAGUCGCGUCACCUACUGAAGAGCCCAAGAAGUCAAAGAGGGAUGCUGGAAAGACCAAGAAAACCCGAGCGUCAUCUACGGACAAGGAUGCGAAGAACGGCGAGAAGGAUUGGAACAACUCGGCUCCACUUGGGCACGGCCUCAUCGGCUUCAUGGCGCCGAAGCGCAAACAAUCGCUUCCGUCGCACUCUGAGGGCAAGAAUGGGCUUCCACCAGUCACACCCCCGCCCAUGCUCAAGCGCAAGAGCAGCAGCGUGAGCGUGUUGGACAUUUCCGGCGGUGCCUCUGGCAAGGGGGCAGAGCAGAAGGGAGAACUCCCACGAGUGAAUCGGAAUACCAGCAGCCUUCAAGAUCUUCGAACGGAUGGAAACAAUAGCAACGCGGCUAGUAGGGCGCACAGUGCAACAGGGGGCAAACAAGGAGACAAGAAGAAGAACAAACCACCAAAGAACGGGUGGUCAAAUGAGACUGGAAACUCGCUGCCAAUGGUAGCGAAAACUUCAGGCUCCCAAGACGGCUCGGCGAAAAAGGAGCCCACCAUCGCUGUUGUGGUGAAAUACCAGUUAGGACAGCACGAGCUCAAGAAGUUCAAAGCGUGCUUCAGACAGAUCGAUCUCGACUCGAGUGGUGUGAUCGACUACGAUGAGUUUUUCGAGUUCAUUGACGAAACGAAGACACCGUUCUCUGAAGGGCUCUUCCUCUAA